AAUUGUUAAUGAUCUUGGGUUAAUGACCAUUAUAAUAUUAUUUACAAAUUAUUAAUUUUUAACAAUUUACUAUUAUUGUGUAUGGUAGAAGUGUAUAUAAAUAACAGAAGAAAUUCUGACUUGGAAUCGCAAUUAACUCUCAACUGGAAUCUGGAUUUACCAAAUAAUCCAAAUUUAUGUGACGACAUUCUACUUGAACUUGAACGUGCUGUUUCUAAAUUAGAGGAAUCUAAUGACUUUAUUAAUAAAUCUCUACAGGAAUCCUUUGAUCAGGAGCUUUUUGACGCUGUAGAGGAGAAUAAACUUGUGAUUCGUAGAAAGAAAUACCAAAUUGAGCAGGUCAAAGACCACCUUAAUAAUCUAAAAUGUUCUAAAAAUUGUAACUAAUAAUUUUAAUUCACACUUUAA